AUGAGUUUAAUAGAACAAGUCCAAUUAAGAACAACAAAAAAAGAAUUAGUAAUAGUUAAUGAAGAGAGAAAUAUAAAUAAUGAAGUUAAUUUAACUUUUCUUCGAUACAAUACAACGAAAAAUCCAUUAAUUUGUGUAGUUAUGAAAUCACUUAUUGAAAAUGAAUUAACUCAAACUAUUCAUUUUAGAAAAGGAUUUAAGACUAUAGAUAUUAUUCAAAAUUCUCCAAUAACUUGUUUAUUAAAUGAAUUUAUUAAAAAUGAAAGAAUUAGUUUUGAGACAGCAUCUAAAAUCCCAUUAUUUGAAUGUCUUAUGUCAGAUAUCUUUCAAUUCAUAAUCAAAUAUCAUUCAUUAUUACCAGAAUUAACUAUUGAUGAUUUUUAUUUCAGUAAUAUUCAUAAUAAAACUUCUGUUUUUGGAGAGUUUUAUUUUCUUUUUAGACUCGAAUCACAAACAACAUUAUAUUUUCUUUCAAAGAAUCAAUUAAAAGAAUGUUUGGAGAAAAAAGAGUAUGGAGAAUGGAACAAAGAAACAUUGGAUUAUUUGUGGAAAAAAUAUGUAGAAUCUAAAAAACCAUCUUCAUUAAAUUGUAAUAAUUUAAGGAGUUUCUUUCAAUCAAUUAAAAGAGCAAUAGAAUUGAAAGAUAUGAAAUUAAAAAGAAAAACAAAUGAAAAACUUCCUUUGUAUUGUGAUUUUGAUUUAUUUUUGGCAAGAAUAAGAAAGACACAGAAAGUUGAAGAAAUACUCCAAGACAAUUUCAUUGUUAAAUGUUUACAAAGAAAGAUUCCAUUCAUUAUUGAUAGAAAAUAUAUUCAAAUUGAUGAUGAAAGAAAUGAGAUUAAUCUUCAAGAAUAUUAUCCAUUAAUAAUAAAAAAGUUCAAUGAUGAAUAUAUAUUUUUAAAACACAUAAAUAAAAUUUAUAAAAUUGAUGCUAAAAAGUAUUAUAUAGGAAGUGGUGGAUUUGGUAUUGUUUUAAAAGGAAAGUAUUUCAAUACAAAUGAUUGGAUAAAUCAUGCAUGUAUUUUAUCAACAAAUAAUCCAUCAAUUAAAAAGAAAUGUGAAUUGUGGAAGAAGAAAAUAUUGAAAGAAAAUAAAUAUCAACAAUAUGAAGAUGUUGCUAUAAAAAUAUUCACUUUAAAAGAUAAAAAUAUCUCAUUAAAAGAAGUUAAAAUGUUAACUGCAUUAUAUGAUAUUCCUUGUUUAAUUAAAUCAUAUGGAAUAGUUCAUAUUGUUACACAUUAUCAAGAGUAUUAUCAAAAUAAUUCAAUAGAUGAUACUUUUGAUAGCAUUGCAACAAUAACAAAGUUAUAUAAUGAAAGUACAUUAACAGAAUAUGUUACAAAUGAAUUAAAAAAUGGAAAGAAACAAUUAAAAGAAAGAAAUAUUGAAGAAAUGAUAUUUAUGAUAUUAGAUAUUAUGAAUGGAGCAUCUGCAUUAGGAAGACUUGAUAUAUGGCAUAGAGAUCAUAAAGGAGAUAAUAUAUUUGUAUAUAAAAAAGAAGGGAAAAGAAGAUGUGUUAUUGGAGAUAUUGGAUGUGCCAGAUGUAUAACAAAAAAAGAACUUUAUUUGGAUAUAAAGAAAACAAAUAUUUGUAGUUAUGGAAGAGGUGAUACUAGAAAAGAUAAUGACAUUUAUAAAGUAGGAUUAUGUCUUAUUGAUUUUCUUAUGGAAAAUACAAGAAUUGAUGAAUUUAUAACAAAUAUACUUGGAAUGGGAAAUGAAUGGGUUAUUGCAGAUCAACUUCUUUAUGAAAGAAUUAAUGAAUAUAUUAAACAAUGUUCAAUUAUAGGAUGUAAUCAAAAACAAAAAGAGUUUUAUGAAUUAUUGAGAAGAAUUAUUCAAUAUUGUAUUUCAAGAUAUAAUAGUAAUCAAAAUGAUAGUCAAUAUAGAUGGGAUAUUUUUGAAGAAUAUAUUGAAGAAUUAAGAAUCUUUUGUAAAAAUACAUUUAAUUUAGAGUAUUUAUCAUAUAAAAAUUAUCAACAAAUUCAUAGUUUAUGUAUUACAAUGACAAUGUUAUGUUAUUCUCAAGAAGUUAAUAUUUAUCAACAAUGUUAUCAUCCAUUUCAUUUUGAUUCUAUUCUUAAAUUAGCAAUACAAAAUAAAUAUAAUGAAUUAUUUUAUUCUCCUCAUCAUUUCUAUAUUUGUGUUUUAGAAUUAAUAUGGUAUGUAACAGAAAAUAAAUGUGAUAAUAUAUUUAUAUCUUUAAUAAUGAAAUUAUUAUAUAGUAUUGUUCAUGAUGUAUUUCCAAUAUAUUUUAUAAAUCAUCCUUUCUACUAUCAACAAGCUUCUACUCUCCAACAACUCUUACAAUGUCUUUUAAAUGAAAAUUAA